GGAGAAGCAGCUAGUGAAACCUGUGGGAGGCGGAGUGACACGGGGCGAGGGGGAUGGUUCGCUGAAUGAUACGACCAGAAGGGAAGACGCUUUCAAUACAGAGGUGAGUGCGAGUGAGGAUGACGAUGCCGCAUGUAGGGGCAGUAUUUGCAGCAAUAGCAGGAGUGAUGGCCAUCAUGUUGCACUCCUCUAUUCACAAGAUAGAAGAAGGACAUCUUGCUGUUUACUACAGAGGUGGAGCCUUGCUGACCUCUCCUAAUGGCCCUGGAUAUCACAUUAUGCUGCCUUUCAUUACCACCUACAGAUCAGUGCAGACGACUCUGCAAACCGAUGAGAUCAAGAAUGUGCCUUGUGGAACGAGUGGCGGUGUGAUGAUCUAUUUCGACAGGAUAGAAGUUGUGAACAUGUUGGUCCCUUCAGCAGUGGUGGACAUCGUGAGGAACUACACUGCUGAUUAUGACAAAACUCUCAUUUUCAACAAGAUUCACCACGAGCUCAACCAGUUCUGCAGCGUCCACACACUACAGGAGGUCUACAUUGAGCUGUUUGACAUUAUAGAUGAGAACUUAAAGACCGCUUUACAGAAGGAUCUUAAUGCAAUGGCACCUGGGCUCACAAUACAGGCAGUCCGCGUUACCAAGCCAAAGAUCCCCGAAGCUAUCAGGAGGAACUUUGAACUCAUGGAAGCGGAAAAGACCCGCCUGCUAAUAACGGCACAGACUCAGAAAGUGGUGGAAAAGGAAGCAGAGACGGAAAGGAAGAAAGCUAUCAUUGAGGCUCAGAAAGUGGCCCAAGUAGCAGAGAUUCAGUUCCAACAGAAGGUGAUGGAGAAGGAGACGGAGAAGAAGAUCUCUGAGAUAGAAGAUGCUGCCUUCCUGGCCAGAGAAAAGGCAAAGGCUGAUGCCGAGUAUUACACUGCUGCCAAAUCUGCAGAAGCAAACACGCUGAAGUUAACGCCAGAAUACCUGGAGCUGAUGAAGUACCAGGCCAUAGCAGCCAACAGUAAGAUCUACUUCGGACAGGACAUCCCCAACAUGUUCAUGGAGGGAAGCAACAGUCCUCCCAAGUCUCCUCGCUCGCCAUCUUUGGCCAACCAGGCGGACGUGUUCAAGGUGAAGCCUGACAGACAGUGAGUCUGCUGCUCCGUCUCUGCACAGGACAGGAGCGCCGGACAAGGCCUUGACUUAGAGAGGGAGUGGGAAUGGAAAUG